AAUGUAUCUCCAGUUGAAUUUCCUGCGGACUGUGAGGCAUUAUUUCUCUUAAUAUAUUUUGGCUUUUGGAGCACUUUGUUGUUCCUGUUCGGUCUUCUCCCAUUCCCCUGCAUCCCCACCGUGCCCUGCUAUGCUGUCCCACUUUCUCUUCUUGCAGGGAUUGUUUCCAUCAUCACCCUAACCAGGCUGGUGUAUGAGUGUUAUAUUUGCGUGAUCCAUGUCAGAGUGAUCCAUUUUCCCCAGGCCUGGAGGAGCAUUCCUUGCAUCUGGCUGUCCUCAAUAGUGUGGUCAGGAGCAUCUCUCCUGGGCUGGAACAACCACAUCCUGGACAUGCAUGGACCAGGCUGCACUGGAGACUGGCCAUCCAAGGACACCAGCCACUCAUCCUCUGUGCUUUUCUUGUUUCUUGGCUGCCAUGGUGUCAUUGCUCAUUGUCAAGGCCAUAUUCUCUUUUCCAUUCAAAAUAAAAAGGAAGCAAAAGUGUUCUGGACGGACCCAAUCAACGACAACCCUCAAAACCCUACAUUCUCAAGCACUCUUAGAAUUGAAAAACCUCAUAAAGGGGAUUUCGCACUUCCCAUAAUUAAAUUCGCCGAAUCUGCUCUGAAGAAUGGUACAGAUACUUUGUCUGGAAAUCACUUUUUGAGUCAUAAAAGACAAGAACUGACGAUGGCAGGUUUCGUGUUAAACCUGCUAGCACGAAAAUUAAGGGCCAAGCUUUUACUUAAUAUUCAACUUUAUUUUCUCCCUACCCAGUUUUAAAGAGCCCUCUUGCAGCUCUUACAUUUCUAACUGCUGAGAUGCCAGACACCAGCUAAAGAUAUAUCUGCGUUUGGGAGAGAAAUGUGUUUAAGAUCCAUUGUGAUGUCAAAGAAAGAAAGGGACAAGCCAAAGCAAAAAGUGACUUUUAACUCUUCUUCCAUCAUUUUUAUAACUAAUGAUGAAUCAUUAUCAGUGGGUAACAGUGACAGAACCAAUGGGUCAAAGGUUGAUGUAACCCAAGUUUAUCCUUUACAGGAAUGA